AUGCCGGGACCGCGGCGUGCGCCAGGCCGGCACUGCGCCUGCGCGGGCCCGGGGGCUGCUGGGAGAUCACCAAGGCUCUGGGAAAGGGUCUCUGUGGACGUGGCCGGCUUCUCCCCGGAGGGGCUGACGGUGAGGAUGGAGGGGAGGAGCGUGACGGUGACCGGGAAGCAUGCAAAGCAAAGCACGUGGGAAGAGGGGGGCCGCAGGCAGGAAUACAGGGAGCUGCGCACCCAGGCUGAGCUGCCAGAGGACAUGGAUCUCCAGGCCGUGACCUGCUGCCUGUCCCGGGACGGACAGCUCUGCAUCCAGGCUCUGCGCCCGGCCCCGCCACCCGUGGAGGGGAGAACCCUUCCCAUCAGCAUCCAGCAGGCGCAGGAGGCCGGGACGGGGAAGGUGCCGCAAAGCAGCAAGGGGCUGGGCAGGGGACCUGCAGGAGGGAGCGAGGUAACGAGGGCGUCCUGA